AUGAGGGCCCUUUCUCUCUUCAGCGCGUUCUCCGCGAUGCUGUCAUGCACGGCGCUUGUCGCCGCAUCCGACCCUGACCCGAUUGGCACCAUCUACAAUGGUCAUGUGCCGGCCGGUUUGUACGGGUCAAACUAUACGUACCCUUGGCCGGUGAAACUUUUCAAAUUCUAUAACCAGCACCAGCACCUAGAGAUGGCGUUUAUGGACGUUCCUGCAGAUCGCCAUCACGACAAGAACAAAACCGCAGUCCUGCUCCAUGGCGGUAACUUCUGCAGCGUCACUUGGUCUGACACAGCGCGCCAGCUGUCUGCCAAAGGCUAUCGAGUGAUCUUGCCCGAUGACAUCGGCUUCUGCAAGUCGAGCAAGCCCCAAGGGUAUUCUUACAACGUCCAACAGCAGGCAGAGAAUAUCAACAGCCUGCUCACCGCGCUCGGCAUCGAUGAAGUCACUGUCAUUGGUCAUUCCAUGGGAGGUAUGAUUGCCGCCCGUUACGGCCUCAUGUACGCGGACACCAUCAAGCAGCUUUUCCUUGUUGACCCAUUGGGUUUGGAGGACUGGGUAGCUAAGGGUGUACCCUAUUUGCCCAUCGACGAGACAUACGAGUCCCAAGUCGUACAAACCUUUGCCACCCUCAAGGCAUAUGAGGAGGCGAGUUAUUUCUACAAUGCCACUUGGAAGCCUGCGUACAACACCUGGGUUGAUAUGCUAGCCAACAUCUAUGCGGGCGACUAUGGCCGAGAAUAUUCGUAUGUGAUGGCCCUGGUCACCGACGCCUUAUUAAGCCAGCCUAUCAUCUACCAGCUUCCUCUACUGAAGACAAAUACCUAUCUCAUGGUAGGCGAGAAUGAUAUGACGGCGUUAGGAAAGGCAUGGUCAUCCUCAGCCGUGGCUGCAACUCUGGGCCAUUACUCCGUCAUUGGACCUGCCGCCGCAGCCCUGAUUCCCAAUUGCACGUUCCAUAUGUUUCCUGGUCUGGGCCAUGCACCCUUCCUCCAGGCUCCCCAGGAAUUUUACAAAGUACUCUUCUCUUGGUUGGAUUAA